CUCUUCUCGUUCUUACACGUGUACGAAUUCCUGUCAAGCAUUUAUUACCAGUCCCAUCUUUCAAAUUCUAAGUCAAUCAUGCAGGAAAAGUUUUCUUUCUCCCAUAACUGCCAUGCCUUUUAAUCUUCUUUCUCUCUUCUCAAGUUUCUGCAUUUUUCCACAAAUCGUUAUUCCCGAUUGCCAUUUAGUUCUCAUUCUUUCAUCUUGCCCAAAUUUGACUAAGAGUUUUAUGCUCCCUUCUUUCUUUUGCCACAAAUAUCUUUUUCUCUCUAGUAAUCGUUCCUUCAUGGCUUCAAAACAUUCUAGCAAGACUUCAUCUAAGGCAUCGUCUUCAUCUUCGGUCGUCAAUCCUACCAAGAGCCCCAAAACCCUUACUGAAAAAUAUGACGAAGUGUGUCGAAUUAGAAUGCAAGUGCACCCUCCCUUCUAGCAUUACUAUCUAUCGUUUAACUGAGGAAGAGCUCAAGAAAUGGCUCUUCAAAGACAUUUGCACCCUUGGUGAAAUCGUUAUUGGGCCCAAACAUCUGAAAUUGAUCCAAUUUUCGAUUCCUCCCCUUUUGAUUCAUCUGUUAGUGAUUACCCAGAUUGAUUUGAUGCAGCUCAUCCCAAAUGCCAUUCAAUCAGUAUGUGGUGCUGCUAUGACCAAGCCUCUUUACAAAACCUCCAUCUCUGUUCACGAAAUUUGCUCAUGCUUAUCUCACACUCUACACAAUCAAACUCAGGAUGAUCGCUCAUUCAACACUUACUACCUUACUCCCCAGAGGAAACACUUUAUGUUCAAAGAUCAUGCGAUGACUAAUAAACAUUGGAAUGAGCUUCCUUUUGGGGUCGGGGGAGACUGGUACCUCCCAUAUGUGCCCAAUGACAUCUUCGCUUUGCCGCGGUUUUCCAGAAAGAAAUUCAAUGGCUUCAAACGUUGCAUGGUCUUCGUAGCGCGAGUCCCAAAUCCAUUUUCUCAAAAUCAUUCUUGACCACAAGGAUGUGUUUACUACCAUUGGGCGCUUGUUCAAGAGUCGUCUUAAGAGCUACAUGUCAAGACUCGGUUUCCCCCACACUAUUGAUUUCCAUGCUACUUUCCCCUUUGUUGGACGCGACAACCAAGUGGAACAACAAUAUUAUGAUAAGUAUCUGGCGUGUGUAUCAUUUUAUACCGUCGGCCUCAAUUUUUCCCACUAUGCCCCAUUUCCUCUUAAUGAGAUUUCAACACUUUAGGGCAUGAUUUUAACUGGUUCUGUGCAGUUUGUAGAUGCUCAAGAAGCGAGCUCUAAUUUUUAGGACAAUUAUGAUGCUGAUCCUGCUCAGAGCACUCACUCCCCUUCAUGAUCUUUCUCAUUAGAUGAUCAUCCCGACCUCACAUUGGCUUCUACAUCUCUCAACAGUUUAGUGAUCACCCCAUCCAGCGCUGAUCCCUCUCUUGCAUUUGUGUCAAGUGAUGCUGCUCAUUCAGAUGUUGCGGAGUUCACAGUUUCCCCAUCGCCCACCGGACUAAAAGUAAAACUCUUGCUCAGAGAGAUAAAGGCACUAAGAAUUCAGGCUCCAAACUGGGCAAAACCAAACAGUCUUCCAAAUCAUCUGCUCAUACUGAACCAUCAGAACUUCCUCCUACCCUUAAACGUAUAACACUCCCUCCUAUUUCCAAGAAUAAGGAUGGAUUGUCCCCUUCUGCUUCUUCCACGGGCUCUUUACCCCCUACUCUUACUAAUUCUCCAUCUUCAAAACUACCGCCUUUGGCAUCUCUUCUUCCACGCUCUGACCAAGAAAGGAGAGUUAAUCCCGAACUCCAUGACGUGCUCUUCAGAGCUAGAAAUAUCACUGCCCCAUUCACGGGGUCGAGUUCUCUUCGUCCUUCUCCCACAAAUGGAAUUUCCACUUCCUUACCAAAUUCAAGCUCUAUUCCUUCAUCAGAUUCUGUCAUAGUUUCUACAACAGUUGCCCCACGGGCUCACCUUCCAUUGAAUUUGAUCCUCCAAUUAUUGAAUCAACUUCUCUGCCACUUAGUGGCAUCCAAACUCUGAAUAUUUCUGCUCCCCUUGUCGAUCGUGUUGAUCCUUGUCGCCAUGUCUUACCAGUUUCUGCAGAAUGUUCCACCCCACUGAAUGCUCUUGAGCAACACUUGGGUUCUGUUUUACUUGGCACCCCUAAUUUUUCUGCACUCACUACAAGUGAGAGUCUUGGGGUUCUAAACAUGGAUGAUUUCCAAUAUUUUCAGCUUUCACAAGAUUUCCCUGAUGUUUAUGGUUCCUUCAACACUAACACGGUUGUUUACGAACCAUCACUUCCCAUGGUGUCUACUGCUCAGCUUUCUGAAGAAGUUGCUCUAGCCUCAAUACAAGUUAGCAUGGCCACUGCUGCUUCUUCUGACCUUGCCCUUCCUGUUAGCUCUAUUGUGUGCACUACCAAUGAUGUUCCAAUCACUGGCGUUAGCAUUCCUCCCCCAAGUGUAUCAACUGUGCAAAGCAAAGUUGAUGCAAUUGUGAAUCUGAUUGGCCUGAGCAAAGAGCAUAGCAAGAAUGUUCAGUCUUCUAUACAGUCAAUUGUGGCAAGGGCAGAGGAAAUUCUGUCCUGCAGUUCUUUUGAUGAGGAAAAAGUUCUAGAGUUGUCUCCAAUGCAAGUCGCGACUUCUACGGUUCGAAUGUGGAGUUCGCUAUCUCCCUCUUUUGUCGCUAAACAACUAGAAGUGCACCUUACUAUGACCAAAUUUUAUCAAGAGCUGCACAAGUCGCAUGCUGAUGAUGACCUGUCUAUUUUUCAUCAACGUUAUGAUAUGGAUAUUAAGCUGCACAGAUCUGCCCGGAGGACCAUGCUAGACUGUGUCAGCAAUAGUAGAACGACUUUAUUCAAGACGCAGAACAGGCUGAAGCGAGCUGAAGAGAACAAAAUUUUGAAGCGACCCAAACUAUCUACUCUGAACUCAAAAGUAAAUGCCAAGAGUUGGAUGCAAAGUUAGUAUCUAACAGUGACUGGCAGAGGAAAUACGAUGAACUUUCUACAAAGGAUGACAAGAUUAAGUCAGAAGUUGAAAAGACAAAGGAAGCUCACAAAAUUAUCGUUAAAAUUCUGCUUGAAGCUUGCAAAGAGAAAGAGCAGUUACGCGAUAGCCUACAGUCUGCUAAAUUCGUUCUUCAAGAGGAAGUAGAUGUACUACGAUCAGAAGCUAGGUUAGCCAAAGUAACGCUCGAAAGCAAAGACAAAUGUUGCAAAUCUACUUUGGCUGAUUUGGAAAAGUCUCAUAAAGAAGCUGAUCGCCUUCGCUCUGAUCAUGCAGCGGAAGUAUCACGCUUGAAUAACAAAAUGGCACAACUUACUUCGAUAGUCCAAAAUCUGGGAAAUGUAAUCGCUUUUAUCCUAUUAUAAUUGCUUGUUAACUUUAAUAUGAUCUUUCUUAUUCAUUACAAAUUAGAUGGACUUAUUCGUUGACUUAUUUACACAGAAACUAUAAAUGAGUCAGUAAGAUUGCAUAGAGGCUUUGAUUUUGGAUAGAUACUGUGCUUAACAGAAAAUGAGCAUUAUGGGUCGAACGGAUGUAGCCUACUACUUGGAAUGCUUAAUCCAAUGUGAUACCCAAAGUCUGAAAGAUAAACAUGACUUCCUGGAAGGAUAUUUUGACGAUCAUGGGUUGACGGUGGGCCAGUACAACGCUGAUACACACAUAGAAAAGAUUGGUGAUCUCGAGAUCUACUACCCCAACGAGCAUAUCCAGGUGCUAAGGGAAGUUGGGGAUCCAAUUGGGCUUAUUUAUGAUGCAGGUGGUUCAACAUGCCAAGUUGGUGUUAGGAUUAAUGCUCUAAAAGCAUGUAAAGUCAUUUUAUUGGUUUUAAAUAAAAGUUUAAUUUUAUUAUAUUUGAAUGUUAUAAUUAUUGUUUGAAUUAAUUAUAUAAUAAUAUCAACAAAAUUCUCUAUUCAUUCA